CGUCAGCAGGCUACAGUAUGUAUUGGCGAGUACGUUCUUGAUUCUAAGUAGGUCAAAUCCAUUUUACUUUAUGUAAUUCGGCUGGUGAUAAUAAUUCUGUUUCCAUCAAGGGUCAGAUUUCAGAGACUAUAUAUAUCACGAUUAUAGAAAGAGUAUCUCGCAUUCUCACAUUAUGGAAGAAACUUCUCGAGCUUUUUCUCACACCAUAAGAUUUGUUGGAUUACUUGGUAGUCAUGCUCUUGGUAGCAAUCCAAGGUUCAUGGCUACAACAAUAGAUUUAGGACGAGAAUUGGUAAGGCGCAAAAUUAGGCUUACCUACAGAGGAGGCAAUGUUGGCCUUCAAGGAGCUGUAGCGUCAACAGUCUAUAAUAAUGGUGGUAGAGUCAGAGGUUUCAUACCAGAGUAUAUAGCAGCACGACAGGUAUACGGUCCUACGUAUGGUGUAGAGUACACCGUUUCUAGCAAUUACUAUAAGUAUUUCGAGAUGAAUCAUAUUGUGGAAGCCUUCAUCGUACUUCCUGGAGGGAUUGACACCAUGGAAGGUUUAUUCACUUUGAUCUCAUGGGCAUCCGAAGGGUUACACAGUAAACCCAUUGGUCUUUUGAACAUUGACGGUUAUUUCAAUAACCUAAUCAAGUUUCUAGAUGAUGCGGUGAGGCAGAACUUCAUGGCUUUAAAUCAGAGGAAACUGUUCAUCUCUUCUUUCUUUGUUGAUGAGCUUUUAGACAAACUAGAGUUUGCUAAAGCUUUUCCAGGUCCUGGUGCUAAUUACGACGAGUUCGUGAAUCCCGGAAGGUAUUUUUCCAAGGAGGAAACAUUUGCAAUCCCAUCGUCUUCAGUCCACAUGAGCAGCUUUGCGGAUGUUAUUGGACGUUUCUUCAUAGUCGUCUCACUUUUAUGCGACUUUGCGAGACAGAUCAGUUUCGUCAUUCGUGAUGCGAUAAGUAUUUCAAUUGGUAUCAGAGCGGUUGAGCUUAAGAUAUUAGCUCCUGAUCAUGGGAGAUAUGGAAGAAGGUCUCUUCCUAAGGAAUAUGAUAUGGAUGUCAAAGUAAUCAGACGCUCACAUAACAUCAAGACCAUGACACUUGAUGCUCUCAUGGGCAUAUUGGAAUCCAUAGAGUUAGAUAUGACAGAAGACAACAAAAGAAGGAAACCAGAAAAACAGGUGGCUUUCACUGGGACAGAGACUGAAGAUGACUUUGAGCAUGAUCCAACAUUUGAUGAAGAAUUUCAAGAGCAGCUGUCUCUUUUCACCAAACAGUUCAAGAAACAGUGGGUGCAAAAGCGAGGCGGCCAGAGGCAAGAAGGCACUUCAAAAGGUCCCUAUGUGAGGGAGUCCAGAUUUAGAGAACCCAGAGCUGUUGAGAAUCGUGAUACUCAAAAGAAGAAGGGACCCCUAUGCUUCGAGUGCGGAGGAUAUGGUCACAUCCAGAUGGAUUGUGCAAACAACCUGAAGAAAAAGAGACAGGCUUUUUCUGCUACGUGGAGUGAUGAAGAAUCAGAAGAACAGAGUGACUUCGGAGCAAAACCAUUGGAUCAUCAUUCAGUAAUGUCUAAGACACCAGAUGACAGGACAUGUAUUGGCUACUACACUCAAAAGAGAGAUAACACCAAACAGGAUAAAAUCAAGUUUGUCAAGGAAACAGAGGGGAGCAAGAUAGAGACUGCUGCACCACACAUCAGAGGCUCACAGUCAGAAACAGAUCUCAGUGAUAAGAAGCUGAACACCAAGCCAGAAAAGAUCGUCAAGAUAGGGAAGUCCCCUAAACAAAUCUUUGUUUCUUCUAUUGCUAGUUCUUUCAUGACUGCCAUUUCAAAGAAAAACAUUCUUCCCCAAAGGAAUAUUGAUGUGAAAGAUUUUGAAAAGAAAACUAAUCUGGUACCAGUUCUGCAAAAGAGCAAUCUGCUUAAGUCUGUAACCUUGUCUGGGUCUUAUGUGCGAAGAGUGAUUCAAGAGUUCUAUUGUAAUCUGUCAGAAAACUGUGGCAUCAUGACUGACCCCUCAUACCACCGAGUCUUUGUGAGAGCCUCCCUACUCUAUAAGAUCAAGCAUGGUAUACCACUGAAUCUGGGAAGAAUCAUCUUUGAACAAGUCAUGAGCUUCUCCUCUGAAAAGGCAAAAACCAACACAAAUGGCUUGCCAUACCCUCUACUGAUCUUUCAACUGUUAAAAUCUCAGGGUUUCACCACAGAUGCAGCAGAGUCAUCAACCGUUGCCUUCAUACAAGAGGAGAUCAAGCUGUUGCAGGAGGAAAUUGAUCAACAUGAGAUUACACUCAACAAGGCCAGAGCUGGAAAACAAAAACUACUUGAAGUUCUCUCACUGCUCAAAGGGAAACAACAUGCUGCAACAGGAACAAACACACAGGGGGAGCAAACCUUGGGGACUGAGGAAUCUACCAGUCAGGGGGAGCAGGACACAGAGGAGGAUCAGGAUGCAGGGUCUGCACGAGAUGAGGAGAACAAUGAUGAUGAGGGGGAUUCUGAUUUUGACUCUGAAUUGCACAAAUUUGACUAAUUACAGUGUGGGGUUCUGAACUUUUUUGUUGAUUAUGCUCUCUUUUUAUGCUGUGUAUGGAACGGUGUAUGUUUCUGCUGUGAUGGAAUUGUCUCUUUGUUUUUGGAAACUGCUGCUACAGAAGGUGUUUUUGUCAAGGGGCUAUCUCUGAGCUCUUGAAUCUCUUAGUGCUUUUGGUUAUGGAUGAAGCUUACUGGGCUUACU